GCGCACUUUCAGCAUGCGUCGCAGUUAGUCUGCUCUCUCGACCAGCGCAUACAUUGCGCCUCGGUGCAGCCUCGGUACGGACGAUACCAGAGUGCUGUAUUAAUGUUACAUCUACACCCACCUGAAUCCCCGCUCACGCCUACCCGAGCCCAUUCACGCGAACCACGGUCCCCAUGCAGCGAUCCAAUAUUUCCUACAUAGUGGCUCCGGAAGGGCUGGCAGACCUUUAGGAAUACGCUGCUAUGUCAUCGAACAACUACAACCCUUAUAGCUACCCGUAUCAACAAAGCCCGGCGCAACAGUAUUCGGCAUACCAGACAGCACCCGCUGCGAACAGCGUCGCGCAACCGAGCCGCCAAUAUCAGCAGCCGCCGACGACCCAAGUCCAAGACUACGUCUCCUACCAAUCGCAAUCGUACGCGAAUCAAAUCAGUGGAUAUGGAACGGUGCAAGAUAAUCCAUGGAGUAGCAACAACUAUGGCGGGACACGAGAGACAACCAGAGGCGCCGCCGAGGUUUUGCGGAACAUGAGCAGCUCGACAUCGUAUACGAACAAUACCGCGCCAACGAACACCCAAGCGGGCUUCAGCGCAACUAAUACGGCCGCCUCUUCGAACUCCAGUCGCUAUGCCGCCGGCAGUUCGCAUUCGCCCCAAGUACAGGCGCAACAACCCCACGCUGACUACGGACAAGCGCAAGCGCGUCCACGCAGCGUUAACGACAACCGCGCGCAGCCAACGAGUCGAGGCUUGCCAUCACCGGCCGUGACGACAGGGUACCCUUCCCAGACUCAGAGAGCCCAAGCGAUGGACACCCAGCAGCAACAGCGCUCUGCCAGUCCAGCAGAACCCCAGUACAACAACGCGCCCGUCAGCAACUCACGGAGCGCAGGUAUGACCGCUACGGCGAACCAGCACUAUGGCGAUUACAAUGCUCGACAGCUCCCUAGCGUUGCUGCUGAAGCUUCGCGUAACUCCCAGAACGCCACAUCGUCAACGGCCUACAACUAUGGCAACGCGCAAAUGCCUUCUGCGAUUGUGCCGCCACCACCGGCACCCCCCGCCAGUAUGGCGGACACAUACAGUGCACAGGGCACCACAACCGUAGACCCCAUGGCAGUUUAUGACCCAUGGACAGAAUAUCAGCGAAAGCAGGCUGCGCAAAAGGCGAUCGAAGAUGCAGCGCGCGCAGAAGAAGGGAGGAUCACCGAGGAGAUGCGCAAGAUAGAAGAGCAGAAGAAAGAAGAGGAACGCAAUCAACAAGAGGAGCAGGCGAACGCGACAGAAGCGGCUUCUGCAGCACCUGACAGCGACGGCCCUGCUGAAGCACUGGAGAGCGAGAUCCGAGCAAUGAUGGCUAAGAUGAGAGAGCUGAACAACAAAGACCCGACACUCCUAGCUCGAAUCUGGGAAGAAGAACGCAGAGCGAAAGCGCCCAAGUCUCCGACUGCGCAAAAUAAACCCGCUCCUCAGUCUGCUACCCCGCAACCGGCACAGGCUGCUCAAACCGUCACGCUCCAAGCUACAAACUCAAAGAAGAAGACGACAUCCAAACAAACAGUGAAGCCAGCUACGCCUGCCGUACCCCAAGCUGUCCCCGUCAGACAAGCUCAGCCGACUCCCACUCGACCCGCGGGUAACCCUCACUGGCCACCCGAGAAGAAGGCACAUCUGGCGAGCGCAGCAGCAGCAUAUCUCAACGCCCAAAAUGACGUUCACAAAGUUGAACCAAGCCAGAUAUUGGGCCUACUCAACAGUAACCCUUCCUACAUUGAGUUAUGCGAACAACUAGAGCAAAUGGGACUGAAGCUAGAUCGUCCAGUGUUCGCUAAGAGCUUACUCAUGGCAGUACCAGAUGUGAAUUCAGCAUCUCGCAAUGCAGUGCAGGCGGCCCCAGUUCCAGUUCAGAAACCGCCAGUUUCGCCUGCCGUUAUGAGAAAGGAAGUCGCGACCCCCGUUGCGCCAACUCCACAAUACACGCCAGCAGCUGCCUCACCAGCGAACGGAAGCUCAUACCCGUCAUUUCCAGGGAGCGCGUCGGCCGCACCUGCACCUGUGCCUGCACCCGUCGCCGAAAUGGUGCCAAUCAAGCCUGAGCUAAGGAAGCCAGUAAACAAAGAAGAAGCCGCUCGCAAACGCAACCUGAGCGAUUUAGUUGAUUUGACCCAACUUUCAGAAGAAGAAGACAUGGGUCCACCCCGCAAGAGAAUGAACGCAGAUCCGUACGCAUUAUACUCGCAUCAGGAUGCCAUGGCCGUCGAUGAAGAACCUUCAAACCCGAAUUUCCCCAUAGCAAACACUCGUUCAUAUCCGCCACAAGCGUCUGCGUCGCAGCUAGUUCACCCGCCUCCUAAUGAACUCCGGUAUCAGGUCUAUGUUGAACCACUCGAAAAGAAGAACGCUCUUCGCCGGAAUAUUUACAAUCCCGCAACAAUAGCGAGAGACGUACUCCUCGCUUGUGGACGCCAUCCGUCUGAGCGCAAUCUGAACCAACAUCUAGAUGGACUGAGGACCAUAUUACCACAGAUAACUUGGGAAUCGGAUCUCAGUACAAUUAGGUGGGAUUUGAUUGAUCCAGGAAGACCACCGCCAGGGUACUUCAAAGACAGCGUUCAAGCCUUGACGGGGGAUGCAGACGAUGAGGAAGAUGAUUCCGACGACGAUGAAGCGCGUCGUGUCCGCGCUCCGCCAAGUGCGAUUGGUGAAGGUGGGGCUCAGAAGGCCCAAGCUCUUCCCGAAGCUAUCAAUCCGUUUAAGCAGAAGCGCCGCGGUCGCCCUCCUCGACACUCCCUCCCCAACGGUGCGGGUCCAGUGACACCUAAACGUCCGAGUAACCCCGUUUCUAUGAGCCAAAGUGCCCCACGUCCUACUUCCGGUGCUGCUGGUGUUGGAUAUCAAGCAUUUCGCUCCGCUACGGAGUAUGGGCCUGAUGGCAAGCCACUGCCGAAGAAGAAGGGCCGCCCAAUUGGGUGGAGGAAGGCAAUUCAUGGAUCUGCGGCUGCGCAGUCUCGCCCAGCUAUGAACGGUCACACCGGUCCUCUCAGGCACCAGCCGUCGCAACCGAGCUCAUUGCGCAACGAGCCCAUUCGUACCAAUCCCCGGUCGCCGAGUGUUGCAAACCAUAUUCCGCAGUAUCGAUCGUAUAAGUGCAAGUGGCAGAACUGUCAGGCGGAUCUACACAAUCUAGAGACGCUUCAAAAGCAUAUAUACAAGGUGCAUCGCAAGGAGACAGUUCACAACACUCUGGAAUGCUUGUGGGAUGAUUGCGGCAAAGAAGUCACCAACUACGACCCUAUGACGAAUAUGAGCAUCGAGCGUCAUCAGCCUCAUUCCUUCGAUCUAGAGAGCAACUGGCGCAAUCACAUACACGAAGCCCAUAUCAGUCCUCUGUCAUGGCAGCUUGGUGAUGGCCCGACUGGUGGUCUCUCUGACUCGCAUGAUUCUGAGGCAUAUCUUAGCGAUGCGCAAGGACGUCAAGUCACACCACGUAUUGCAGUCGAGCGCGAGCGAAUAGAAAAACUGAGCAUGUCGUCACAGGCACCCGUUGGCCAGGGUCGCGGUCGCGGACGUCCACCCAAGCGCUCAGCGGAAGAAGAAGCCCGCGAUGCGCAAGAAAGAUUUGUGUCAUUCAAGAAGCGCAUUGGUGGGCCCGGUAUGGAUCGUGGAGGCGUAACGCUUGCCAACGAGAAGCGUCGAAGGGGUUUCAUCGAAGGCGAGGAGGAGGAGGAGGAGCUGGUAGAUGCCGAGGAUUGAGGACUGCGAAUAACUUCAGAUUUGAUAAUUUUGUAUAAGUACGCGUAUACCCAUAGCGAGGACAAGGCGCACUGGGAGUCUUUGUGGGCGCGCAGUCGAAGGAAACCGAAGCAUGUCUCCAUGCGUAAGCCAUAGCCAAUUCAACCAUGUUAAAUCCAUCAGCGACCAAACCACUAUAUUGAUACGCC